AUGUGGAAUGAGAAGGGAUGGUUGAUUUCCCAUGGGAAAAUCAAUUCUUCCUUCGAUAACUCUUCAACAGUUUCGACGGCUCCUCAAAAAAUCGACCGGUCAGAUAUGGUCAUGCCAGGGGGGGGGGGCCGGGGUACCUCAGUCCAAAAAAGCCUAAUGCACGGUGCAGAAAGCAACAAACUGCACAGCGCAAAGAAAGCUUUUGUUUUCUCGCAAGUGCAUGUCGCCGAUUUCAGUGCGGCCCAUGUCAAGAAAAAAGAGAACAAAACCGUCCCUUCGGGACCCCUCCAUUCUGGUACAUUCAGAAAACCUUUAACCAGAACGUGUGUACAAUGUGCAACCACAAUUAAGGGGGCCUGCUCUUAG